CUCCCGAAUAUACGCGGUCACCAGCUGCGUGCUGAAACCCUCCUCUUCUUCCUCCUCCCUUUCUUGCCUCCCACGCCGACCGCGCCGCCGCCAUGGCCGAUCCGCGGCUCCACCCAUCGGGAUCCGCCCCGCGCCGCGAUGAGCCCACCACGGACGGCUCCGGCCGCCGGCUCUACAACCCGUACCAGGACCUCAACAUCCCCUACAAGAACCUCUACGACCUGCCCACCUCCCCGGAGUUCCUCUUCCAGGAGGAGGCGCUCGUGCAGCGCCGCUCCUGGGGCGAGAACCUCACCUACUACACCGGCAUCGGCUACCUCUCCGGCGCCCUCGCCGGCGCCGCCAUCGGCCUCCGCGAGGCCGCCGCCGGCGCCGAGCCGGGCGACACCGCCAAGAUCCGCGCCAACCGCGUCCUCAACUCGUGCGGCGCCGCGGGCCGCCGCGUCGGAAACCGGCUCGGCGUCAUCGGCCUCCUCUACGCCGGGAUGGAGAGCGGCAUGGUCGCCGCGCGCGACGGCCAGGACGACUGGGUCAACAGCGUCGUCGCGGGGCUCGGCACCGGCGCGCUAUUCAGGGCCGCCAACGGGCCCCGCUCCGCCGCCGUCGCCGGCGCCGUCGGUGGGGUCCUCGCCGGCGCCGCCCUCGCAGCCAAGCAGGCCGCCAAGAGAUACCAGUUCGCCCUCUGAUCCCUCUACGCCCACUUCGGUACUACAGUAUCACUUUCCUCUCCGCUGCUUCUGCUGCUGCUGUGAUCGAAUCAGUCAGAUCAAUUGGGGCCGAGGAUGCCAUUUCUUCUUUUGCUGCUCUACUAGUAAUGGCGGUUAAUUAAUUAUUUGGGAAGGGUCAUCUUCUCGACACUAUGGAUGGUGCUUAUUAUGUUAUAUCAUCAUGUGUAAACGAUGCUGAUCGGGGUCAGAUGAUCAGCAAUUUUUUGA